AAAAAUAAAAAUGUUGAACAGAUAUUUCGUAGUAUCCAUGUUACAACUCAGUUUUUGCCUGAUGACCUUAAAGGUGACCUGUCUCCAGAUACAGUGUCGAUGAAAAAUUUUAAUAUUGAAGAUACUAUUGAAGAAAAUAAUAUUGAUGAAACUGUUUUGUCUGAAUAG